UGCGCUUUGUGGCUGGAGACUAGCUUACUGCGCGUGCGCGUCUGUUGCUCUGUUGCCCGGCCUGGCGCGCAGCCUUCUCGCUUCCCGUGUGUGUGGCUUCAAUGAGCUGAGAGCAAGGCCCGAGGAGCAGCAGCCUGCACAGAGGGAGCAGACGUCGCCUGCAGCGCGUGACUUGUGUCCGGGGAAUCCGUCAUGGCCACAGAGGAGAAGAAGCCGGAGACCGAAGCCUCGAAGACGCAGUCCACCCCGUCAUCCUCCAGCAACCAGAGCAAGCCCGCUCCUGUGAAGCCGAAUUACACCCUCAAGUUCACCCUGGCUGGGCACACCAAGGCCGUGUCCUCCGUGAAGUUCAGCCCCAACGGGGAGUGGCUGGCCAGCUCGUCGGCUGAUAAACUGAUAAAGAUCUGGGGGGCGUACGACGGCAAGUUUGAGAAGACGAUAUCCGGGCACAAGCUGGGAAUAUCAGAUGUCGCCUGGUCCUCCGACUCCAAUCUCCUGGUCUCCGCCUCAGACGACAAAACUCUGAAGAUCUGGGACGUGAGCUCGGGGAAAUGUUUGAAGACGCUGAAGGGUCACAGUAACUACGUGUUCUGCUGCAAUUUUAACCCCCAGUCCAACCUCAUUGUGUCGGGAUCGUUUGAUGAAAGUGUCAGGAUAUGGGACGUAAAGACCGGGAAGUGUCUGAAGACGUUGCCUGCGCACUCCGACCCCGUGUCCGCAGUGCAUUUUAAUCGUGACGGUUCCCUCAUUGUCUCCAGUAGUUACGACGGCCUGUGCCGGAUCUGGGACACCGCCUCGGGCCAGUGCUUGAAAACGCUGAUCGAUGAUGACAACCCGCCCGUGUCUUUUGUGAAGUUUUCUCCGAACGGCAAAUACAUUCUAGCUGCGACUUUAGACAACACGCUGAAGUUAUGGGACUACAGUAAAGGGAAGUGCCUGAAAACCUACACGUGUCACAAGAACGAGAAGUACUGCAUAUUCGCCAAUUUCUCCGUAACCGGCGGCAAGUGGAUCGUGUCGGGGUCAGAGGAUAAUCUGGUCUACAUCUGGAACCUCCAGACCAAGGAGAUCGUGCAGAAGCUACAGGGCCACACAGAUGUCGUCAUCUCCACUGCCUGUCACCCCACAGAGAACAUCAUCGCCUCGGCCGCGCUGGAGAACGACAAGACCAUCAAACUGUGGAAGAGCGACUGCUAAGCCCCCGCAGCCGCUGUCAUUGGACUGUGUCCUCGGGGGGCUCCGUCUGGAGGGAGAAGGUUUUACUUCUUUAUGUGAAGACGAUCUCGCAGCCUCAGAUGUAUUUUCUUUCUUGCUCUCUGUUCGGCAGGAUGUCGCCGCUCCUGUCCGGUCCUCGUUUGUCCCUUGGUCUCAUCAGAGAUGGUGGAGAACAGUGAGCGGGGUGACCCCCCGGCCCCCCAAUAUCAGUAGUUUACAUCUAUGUGUCACACCCGGGGGCUCUGUCAACUUCCCUUGAUUUCAUGUUUUAGACUCCAGUCACAGCCAGAGCUGCGCUCACAGUUCUGCUGUAGUCACAGACCGACCUCCUGUUGCCGGACCGCGCCUGGUGCAAACACUACGUUAUUAGGCCCUGAUACGGCAGGGGCCGAGGCCUGAGCUCCGCUUUGGAUGUGAGUGGAGUAUAAGACGUGAUGCAGCACUAGCUGGAGGGCUGUAUUGGGGCUCUGUCGUCGCCCCUCGGAUUUGGUGGGGAGGUCACCUCCGCUCUGCAGACAUUGAGGCUGUGCGCCUUUCGCCGGUUUCCGCCUCAGUUUACGCCGUAACGUUAAAUCUGUUUUCUGAUUGUUUCAUUUCAGACCAAAACGAGGGUUAGCGCAGAUUUCUCCUCGCCACCCCGCCCCCGCUGGUCAUAUAGUUCCGUGUUUACCUGUGUUCUGUAGGAUUGACCGCCAAAAAAACUGCUGCCCCAUCCCUGCGCUCCUCACCCAGGCCCUGCCCCCACCCCUGACUGCAACAACAGUCAACACCGGCCCGGAAGAGGUUAAAAGUUGUCGUCCAGUCGUUUGUAAAUAAAGUUUAUUCAUUGCGGGAUUUUAACUAACUUUGUGUUUCAUCUCCUCACCAUUUCUGAGAUGCUUGCUGUCAUUGAAUGGAAACGUUCUUGGUUUCUGGGUGAUCUCUUCCUGCUCACACAGCUGAGGGUUUGUUACAGCGUAUCAGUGUACCCGCAACAGCCGCACACAUGUCAGUCCUGGACUCCCUGGUGCCUGCUGACUACGCUGUUCCCACUCCUUCAGCUGCGUGAUGGGGCCAGCAGGCAACUGGGAAUGUUUUCCAUUCACUGACAGUAAGCAGCAAUGUGCGGAGGCUGUGCUUACAGCAGACUGGACGCCGGCCCUUUAACCUGCGCCCGCUCUGCCUCCAUCCCUGCAGCUCCUCUCCUGAUGACGGGCGGCCAUUGCAUCCAGUUGUAAAGGUUUCCGUGUAAAUGGCGAGCGCGGUUUUUGUAUUUCGGGCUCCGUAGUAUUGUUCUGCUUAUGGCGUCCGUCUGGAUUACUGCAGAAUUUUUUUUUUAUAUAUAUUUUUGUCAAUUUUUUUUUUUUCUGA